GCAGCUGCUGCAGCACGAGCCAACAUCACAGCAAGCGCCCAACCACCAGUGCUCUGUCCGACGGAAGCAGGACCUCGCCGGCAAUGCCGAACUCCGACGACCGCACGGGCGCCCGGCCGCACGUCGUCCUGCUCCCGAGCGCCGGCAUGGGCCACCUGGUCCCGUUCGGCCGCCUCGCGGUUGCCUUAUCCUCGGGCCACGGCUGCGACGUCUCCGUGGCCACAGUGCUCCCCACGGUGUCCUCGGCGGAGUCCAGGCACCUCGACGGACUCUUCGCGGCAUUCCCGGCCAUCCGCCGCCUCGACUUCAACCUGGCCCCGUUCGACGAGUCCGAGUUCCCCGGCGCCGACCCGUUCUUCCUCCGCUUCGAGGCUAUGCGCCGUUCCGCGCCGCUCCUCAGCCCGCUCCUCGCCGGCGCGUCGGCGUCAGCGCUCAUCACGGACAUUGCGCUGUCGUCGGUCGUCGUGCCGGUCGCCAAGGAGCGGCGUAUCCCGUGCUACAUCCUUUUCACGGCCUCCGCCGCGAUGCUCUCCUUCUGCGCCUACUUCCCCACCUACCUCGACGCCAACGCCGGCGGCGGCGAGGGCAUCAGCGACGUAGACAUCCCCGGCGUGUACCGCAUCCCGAAGUCCUCGAUUCCGCAGGCGCUGCACAAUCCGAAGCACCUCUUCACCCAGCAGUUCGUGGCCAACGGCCGCGGCCUCGUGGACGCCGACGGCGUCCUGGUCAACACGUUCGACGCCUUGGAGCUGGAGGCUGUCGCGGCCCUUCGCGAAGGCACUGUCGCCACCGGCUUCCCGCCGGUGUUCGCCGUUGGUCCGCUUCGCCCUGCGACAUUCCCUGCAGAAGAGCGAGCGAAAGAUCCGGCCGGUUACAUGGAAUGGCUCGACGCGCAGCCGGCGCGGUCGGUGGUGUACGUGAGCUUCGGCAGCCGCAAGGCCAUCUCGACGGACCAGCUCCGGGAGCUCGCCGCGGGGCUGGAGGCCAGCGGCCACCGGUUCCUGUGGGUGGUGAAGAGCACCGUCGUGGACAAGGACGACGCGGCCGAGCUCGUCGAUCUGCUGGGCGACGGGUUCCUGGAGCGCGUGCGGGGCCGCGGGCUGGUGACCAAAACGUGGGUGGAACAGGAGGAGAUCCUGAUGCACGGGUCCGUAGGGCUGUUCGUGAGCCACUCCGGGUGGAACUCGGUGACAGAGGCAGCGUUCAAUGGCGUGCCGGUGCUGGCGUGGCCGAGGUUUGGCGACCAGCGUGUCAACGCCGGCGUAGUGGCCCGCAGCGGGCUGGGCGCGUGGGUGGAGCGGUGGAGCUGGGAAGGGGAGGAUGGGGUGGUCAGCGGGGAGGAGGUGUCCGAGAAGAUCAAGGCCGUAAUGGCGGCCGAGGCGGUGGCCAAGAAGGCAGCCGAGGUCCGCGAUGCCGCCGCGGCGGCCACGGCCGAGGGUGGCACGAGCUACCGGAGCUUGGCGGAGUUCGUCGGGCGGUGCCAAGGGGCCUGAUGCCAAUGAGCUGUGAAACAGGGGAGUGUGGUCCUGAUUUGUUCGUUGCAGACGUUUUCUCUGAUUGAUACAAUUGAUUGCUCGUUUGCUCUGGAGAGUGAAGUUGUCUGGUGUUCCUCAGAAACUUUGGACAGUGAACUGAGCUGCAUCAGCGACGGUAAUAAAAAGAGUAAUCAAUCCUAUUAUCCUAA